GGUUUAUAGAGAGAAAUGGCAGAUAGAAAAAUCGAAAAGACUGCAGAAUCCGACGCUUCUCUGAGCUAUGAUCCAACCAUGGUGCAGCCUGAGAAGAAGCGGAGGAACAAGUUCGCUUUCGCUUGCACGGUGAUCGCUUCCAUGACUUCAAUUCUCUUGGGUUAUGAUAUUGGAGUGAUGAGUGGAGCAGUUAUCUUUAUAAAAAAGGAUCUAAAGAUCACCGAUGUACAGAUCGAAGUACUCGUCGGGAUUCUCAAUAUCUACUGUCUAUUCGGGUCGCUACUUGCCGGAAGAACAUCGGAUUGGAUAGGCCGCCGAUACACAAUCAUCCUCGCCGGAGCAAUCUUCUUUGCCGGCGCUCUACUGAUGGGCUUCUCAACGAAUUACACGUUUCUAAUGGUAGGUAGAUUCGUGGCAGGGAUUGGAGUAGGCUACGCCCUCGUAAUCGCACCCGUCUACACCACCGAGAUCUCUCCCACCUCAUCUCGAGGCCUCCUCACUUCCCUCCCUGAUGUCUUCAUCAACGCCGGUAUCAUGUUCGGAUACGUAUCCAACUACGCCUUCUCCAAGCUCUCCUUACAUCUAGGCUGGCGACUGAUGCUUGGUGUCGGUGCAAUACCGUCCGUCUUCCUAGCCGUCGGAGUCUUAGCCAUGCCCGAAUCUCCACGCUGGCUGAUGAUGCAAGGCCGUCUAGGAGACGCGAAACAAGUCCUCUACAAAACGUCUGAUUCUAAAGAAGAAGCCGAAAGCCGGAUCACCGACAUCAAAGAAGCGGUCGGAAUACCAGAGAAUUGCAAUGAUGAUUUUGUUCAGGUACAAAAGCGUAGCCAUGGAGAGGGUGUAUGGAGAGAACUACUAAUUAGCCCAACACCAGCUGUUCGUCGUGUCCUCAUUGCUGCAGUUGGAAUCCAUUUCUUCCAGCAAGCAUCCGGCAUUGAUGCAGUAGUCCUCUACAGCCCACGCAUUUUCCAGAAAGCUGGAAUUAAAGGCAACGACCCAAUCCUGGGUGUGACCGUAGCCGUUGGAUUCAUUAAAACAUUAACCAUCUUGAUUGCAACAUUCCUAGUAGACAGGAUCGGCAGGCGGCGUCUCUUACUCUUCAGCAGUGGGGGUGUUUUCUUAUCUCUCAUUACUCUCGCUACGGGAUUAACGAUCAUCGAUCAAAACCCAGAUAAGAAGAUAACAGGGGCCAUCGUCGUCUGUAUCGUCACGGUCCUUACAUUCGUUUCUUUCUUCUCAACUGGUCUGGGACCCAUCACAUGGGUCUACAGCUCUGAGAUUUUCCCUUUGAGGCUACGAGCUCAGGGUGCGAGUAUUGGGGUGGCUUUUAACCGCAUUACGAGUGGUGUUCUUACGAUGACUUUCAUUUCUCUUUAUAAGGCUAUCACAAUCGGUGGAGCAUUCUUUCUUUACGCAGGAAUCGCUGCCGCUGGUUGGAUCUUCUACUACACGUUCUUGCCGGAGACUCGAGGGCAGACGUUGGAAGAUAUGGCAGUUCUCUUUAAAGAGUCGAGAUGGGCUUCGAAGAAGAAGGGAGAAGAAAGCCAUAGCCAGGUGGAAUUAGCUAGCAAUGUCCAUGGCCAUGGACCAGCUCAGCUGUGAUUGCUAGGAGGGUAUUUUAGUCUUUUUCUUGUUAAGUUUGGACACUUACGUGCGUUUGCAUGUUUUAUUUAGUUUUAUUAUGAGAAGGUCUCUGGUCCAACACGGUUGGAGUGAAGUAAUGGUCAGUCAGUGGAUAACUUACAUACUUUGAUGUAUAUGUGAGAUCUAACCCUUACAAUGAGUUGCUACGAAUGGUUAAGUAUUGUUUUCAUGGUAUGGCCCACCUGAUGAAUGGUUAGAGAUGAAUUUUGUAAUGGAUGAUCCUCAUCGCAGAUCUAACCCAUUGCAAGGAUUAGAUUUUACAUUCACAAGAAAUUAUGGAAGU